CUUCGAGAACGUUCGGUCAUAUCACGUGAUCGCCGCCGGCCUGCUCAGUAGCACGCGCAUAGCGGUGGCAAGAGGAAGUGUGUUUGGAGUGAUCUCGUUACAAAAAACAGCGAAAUCUCUCAAACGAAAUGCCAAGAAGUAGAAAGCGGACGACAUCAAAGGCUAGUUGGACAUCGGUUACGUUGGAGUCUGCAAUAAACACUAUAAGAAAUGAAGGAAUAUCGGUUAAUAAAGCGGCACAACAAUAUCAAAUACCUUACAGCACACUGAAGAAACGGUACAGGUUAGCAAUUACUGAUGACAGUUCUUACAGUCGUUCUCCGACGCUCGGUAGGAAACCUGUGUUCACUAGUGAACAGGAACAGAUACUUGUUAAGCAUAUACUCGAUAUGUCUAACAUAUUUUACGGUUUAACAAGCAUUCAACUGCGAAAAAUAUGCUACAAUAUGGCUGUGAACUACGGUCUCGAAAAUAGAUUUAAUACUGAAAAAAAAAGUGCUGGGAAAGAUUGGUUGUACGGAUUCAUGAAUCGACAUCCAGAACUUAGUAUAAGAAAGCCAGAAGCGACCAGUAUUAAUAGAAUUUUGGGCUUUAAUAAGACUGAAGUCACUCGUUUUUUUAGCAAUUUGGAAUCUGUAAUGACAAAAUUUAAUUUUGAGGCGCAAAACAUAUUCAAUAUGGACGAAACAGGAUUUUCUACAGUUCAUGAGCCAGACAAUAUAAUUGCUCUUAAAGGACGUAAGCGUGUUGGUGCAGCGACUUCAUGGGAGACAAAACCAAGAAAAAGUAGUAGAAACAAGCAACAUUCAGAAGUUUUGACUAGCACUCCUAUGAAAGAAGUUUUUGAGGAGAAGAAGGAGAAAAAGAAUAAAAGAGAGAAGAAAAUAAAUAAACCAAAGAAAAUACAAAUAAGUAAAUCUAAGAAUAAGAUACAGUUUAAGAAUAAAUUAUAUCAAAAAAAUAUACACAGAGUAACUAGAAAUUUGUUCCAAGACAGCACUACUGAUGAAUCAUCAAUGAAUGAAAAAAAUAUUUGUGAUGAUAAUUCUGAAUACUCUGAGGAGGAAAAUGUAUGCAUGAUAUGUAACGAUGUUGGUAAAAAUGAAGAAUUAUGGUAUCGUUGUAGAGCUUGUGGCAAAUGGGCCCAUUCUGAGUGUUCAGGUUACGAUCACCCUGAGGAUUAUAUUUGCAAUUUUUGUUUAGAUCCUUAA